AUGAUUCCCAAGGCUGCGAACGCCGUCCUCCUCGCUCUGUGUGUUACGCGAUCGGUUUCGGCGACCCUAUUUGUUAAUUUUACCAAUUAUGCAGCCGAAGACUGUGUUGUUCGCUACGGUUCGUCUACGCUUGUCCCGACUUAUUGUGUCAAUAUCGAGGACUUUCCCGUCAAGAGCUACGGGGCGUCGGUGAGCUAUGGAAAGUGUGACGAUUCCUCCACGUCUCCGGUCCUGAACGUGUUCUCAGAAGCUGGAUGCAAUGCUGGACUAUUCAACACUGUCGCCUUGAGUACGGAGCCGAUAUGCAUCAAUAAUGAUACGACUGUGCUGAGUGUCAGUGUGGCUUGCAUCUAA